AUGCCUCCACCAUCCCCCUCUCCCAUCCUCCUCCUCCUCCUCUUCCUCACCCUGUGUCCUGAGCUGAGGAGCUAUGAGGCUCCUGAAGAUAAGCAGGAUGUGUUUGCUAGAAGAGCCUGUCCCGCCUUCCUGACCUUCACCAACGCUGCCUACCUGGCUGGAGUCACUGUGGAGCUUCCCUGCCACUGCAAACCCCAACAGAUCAAAUCAGUCGUGUGGUUCUUUAGGAAACAUCUGGGCGGCUCCAAGGAGACCAGAGUCCUGACUGAUCACCAUGGCAACAGGCUGCUGGACCCCAGUAGUGUUCCUCAUAGCGGAGAUCUGCGGAGUCGAUUCUCUAUCCGUCUCUUCAGCCUGCUGAUCUUCAGAGCGGGGCCCGACGAUUCCGGCAUAUACAUCUGCGGCUCUGUCCACAAAGACUUCUUCUACGGUUACGACCUGGACAUCCAGGAGGCACGCACGCUCAGCUUUACUCCGAGGCUCAUUCUGGAAACUAUGAGCAAGACAGGGAAAGAAGGAAAAGGACUGCUGUACCGGGUCUUUACCAGCUUCCGGCAGUGGACAGUCUGCGAUCGCUGUGGAAGACCUGGAGAGCAGGUUCGUGUGGGACUCUGCUACAUCCACUCCCACUACCUGCAUAUACGCUACAGAAGGGUCAAUCAGACGGUCACUUCAUGCGGCUCGGGGGCGGUGCCCACGGUGUUCGGACAACUAAAGCAGCGCGGAGUUGGAGCCAAGCUAGAGGUCAAAAGCUGUCAAGUCACUUGUCAAACUCAAUCUCCGACUUCCACCACAAUCCACGCUCUGAUGGCAUUUCUUGGCUACAACUCUGCCUCCCUGCCAGUGUUCUACCUGAACCACCCUGCGGACCGUGUCCUGACCCUUGGCUGUCCCGCGGCGCGACCUAACAUGGCCGUGGCCUGGGACCAAGGAUCUGAACCCAUCUACCGAUCUGAACACUCGGCAGGUCGUAACCUCAGCACCACACGCCCCAGGCUGCUGAUAGACACCGGACACCACUUGGUGUUCAAACCUGCAAAAACUCAGGACUCAGGUGUCUACUACUGCUGGCUGCAGGGUCACCGAGCCGCUGAGAUACGUCUGCUGGUCUACGCUCAUUUGGGGCCGGGACAGUCAGUGACAUCACAUCCGGACUUCCCCACAGCUCUCAAUACUGUGUUGAGAUCAUAUGCUAUCAUGACAGCUGUGUUUUGCCUGAUACUGUUCGGCAGAGCUGGAGUCAGACACCUCACAGACACUGGAGAAACACACGUGGAUUAAACUUAAAAUGAAUAGUAAAUAAUCAUUGUUUGACUGAAUACUUUAAAAUCAUAACAAAUUGGACAUACGUGUUCUCCGCCGAUUGUCGAUGUUGGAAAUGUGCAUGUUUAAAUCGAGGCGAAACCUCGAGAAACAGCUUGUAUGAUCGCAAGGUUUUACAUUUGUGUUGUUUAGAGUGAAACCACACAUACAUUAAUAACAGUGCUAGCGAGAACAGUGCAAACAGCGGCAACAGAGCUGACAGAGUUUACUUGAGUAGGAACCAGAGGGUGGGCUUUACAAUUCUGUGACCGCGGCGGUAACCGCGGUACCAGU